UUCCAAAGGCGUAAACAUCCAACCUCACGUCUUCCACGAGGAAUCGAUUAUGGAAUCGAAGGGUGCUAGACACCAUUGAGGGCAGUAGCAGGAAGGGCACUGCUGAGUUGCGGUGGCUGCGCGAAUUCAUCUUGAUUGUAUUUUGUUUUAAGCGUAUAAAAGUCCAGCCGAACAGCUACUCCGUUCAACCUCUCGUGCACAGACGACAGCUUGCGCAAUGCUUAAGCCGGUUGCGUCCAAGUUGACCGGAAAGUGCGUGGUGCUGGCCAGUGCCUCUCCACGCAGACGGGACAUCCUCACCAACAUUGGGUUGAAGUUCGAGGUGGUCCCAUCGUGGUACUCGGAGGACCUGAGCAAGGCUGAGUACCCGGCGCCGUACGCAUACGCGACUGAGACUGCCGUGCGCAAGGCCCUGGAGGUGGCGAAGCGCAUGCACGAGAGACAUCAGAAAACACCAGACUUGGUGAUCGGAGCUGACACAGUAGUGGCGAUCGAUGGCGAUAUUCUGGAGAAGCCCGCAGACAAACCGGAUGCAUACAGGAUGCUGUCAAGGCUCAGCGGGCGAGAGCACAGCGUGUUCACCGGCGUGGCGUUGGUCGAGUGCUGCGUUUGCGAGGGCAAGUUACAGACCAGCGUAGUGCAGUUUCACGAGGAGACGCGAGUGAAGUUUGCGGAGCUCUCAGAAGAGUUGCUUUGGGAUUACAUCGACAGCGGAGAACCAAUGGACAAGGCUGGCGGAUAUGGAAUCCAGGCGCUGGGCGGGAUGUUUGUGGAGAGUAUCCACGGAGACUUCCUCAAUGUGGUGGGGUUGCCCCUCCACCACAUCUUCCGCAAACUUGGAGAGCACUACAUCGACGAAGCUGCCACGGAGAGGGAGCCGAGACGGAGAGCAAACGCGGCCAUGGGCGACAGCGAGCGGGACGUGGACGUGCUGAUCGUGGGCAGUGGCCCGCACGCCCUCACGCUGCUCACGCUGCUGCGAAACCCGGGCUCGCGGCCCUGGGAUUCGCUCAGCGGCCUCUUUGGGGGCCUGAAGCUCAGCGCUGCCGCCAAGGGUCGAGGCGGCAGCGGUGGCAGGAGGGCGGGCGGCAGGAGACGUGGGCCCGGGGCCGUGAAGGAGAUGGAGGAGGCGGGGGGUAGUCGUGGAACGGCUGCGGAUGGGCGAUCUGAAGAGGUGGAGCCAGCGUUGGCCUCCUUGGGCCUGGAGGAGAAGGCAGCCGAGGACGGAGAGGAGACCCCGCUUGGCCCGCAGCUGCUGGAGGUCAUGGUGGUGGACACGUACGGGCAGUGGCUGGUGCAGUGGGACAAGCAGUUCACGGCCCUCAACAUCCCACACCUACGCUCGCAUGCGCUGGUCCACACCGACCCCUUUGACAAGCGAGCGCUGCAGGUGUUUGCGACGCAGCAACGCAGGGAGGGGGAGCUGCGAGCGCUGCCCCGGCGGCUCCACAUCCUGGACGAGAAUGCCUUCUUCAACGACGGGCGCGUGGGCAAGCGUGAGCGCCGGCUGCUGUCGGCGGGUGGCUGCGCCAGGCAGAACGAGCUCUAUUUCACACUGCCCAGUACGCGGCUCUUUCGCGACUUCUUCACGCACCAGGAUCGCCCUUUUUGGGAAGGGUUACCGACUGGACGCCGAUUGAAAGGCCACAGAUCCGGACCAAUGGCCGUCCCGACCGUGAACGACGGACAGCCCCGCCAGCUAAGUGUCGCUGGGACAGGGAUGGGCGCAGGGUUCGUUGGCAAGACGAGCGAGGCUCUCUGUAUAAAGAUCGAGCACUACUCCCUGGCGGGCGCUGUGACAGCAGGCACCGUGGAUGCGAUCUUGCCUGUCCUGGCUGCUGCUGGUGGCGGUGGUGGCGACGGUGGUGGCGAUGGUGGUCCCAUCGUCGACUACUUCCAAGUGACACUGAAGGGCGGCUCGACAGUGCGCGCCCACCACGUGGUGUUGGCGGCCGGCCCGACACGUGCCGCCAUGGCCGUGGUUCCAGACUGGGUGUCCUCCAUCGGGGAGCGAUUUCCCGAGGACCGGCUCCUCCACACCACCGAGUUCAUCAGCCGCGCCGGCGGGUCCGUGGCGAAUGUGGUGAGCGAGCCGGACGAGCACGUGCUAGUGGUGGGCGGGGGCCUCAGCAGUGCCCACAUGGUGCUGCUGGCCGUGGAGGCGGGUGCCAGCAGCGUCACUUGGGUCAUGCGCAAACACCUGCAGGUGAAGCAGUUCGACGUGGGCGAUGUGGAGACGUUGGUGGGGCGCUAUGCUCACCGUGAGCACGGCGUACGUCUCGAUGGGCUGCCCUUCCUGCGUCAGUUCUAUGCAGAGCGCGGCCCUCGCCGCCGCCUCGACAUGAUCCGUCAGGCACGCAAGGGUGGAGCGGUCACGCCCGAGGCCUACGGGCAGAUCCGCCCGCUCAUUGAGGCGGGCAUCGUCUCACUGCGCGCUUACUGCCAGGUGGAGUCUGCGUCAUGGUCCUACAAGGAGCAGCGGUGGCGAGUGGUGCUGAGCACGGGCAAAGAGACUUGGAGUGGAGACCGCAUCUGGCUCGCGACGGGAUGCAAGCUCGAUGUCGCGCAAGAUCCGCUCCUCGCUAACGUGCUCCGCCACUUCCCUGUGCCGCUCGUGGAGGGCUGGCCAGCCAUCGACGACGACCUGCGCUGGGCUACGGGCUGCGAGCUCUACCUCAUGGGGCAGUAUGCGGCACUCAAAGUAACCAAUUUAUGCAACUGGAUGGCUCAGGUGUGGACCUCCAUUAAGGUGGGUCCGCAUGCCGUGAACCUCGCUGGCGGGCAGGCAGCCAGUGCACGCAUCGCCAAAGCCAUCCUCCAGAAGCACCGCGAGGAGCAGCAGGAGGACUCGAGCAGCCGAGCCCAGGAGUUCAUAGACCACAUGCAUGGCCUCAUGUGGUGCUAGAGAUCCUCUCUGGUUUGCCAACAUUUGUCGUGUGAAGCAUGUAAGGUUGCAUGUCUGGGUGUGCUCACAGUUGUCCUCACAAUCGGUCACGGCCCACUCUUGUGUACAGCUACCCAUGUGGUGCUGGGUAGAGGCCGCCCCUGCUACGCCUUUGGUGGCUGUGCGUAAUACGCGCGGUGUAUGUGUGCGCUAAACCUGUGUGUGUGUGCGUGCUAAACCUGGUUGAGACUGCUGUCCGCACCGAUCGAUGGCAAGAAAUGCAGUUUUAGGUACCACUGUGCCUAAGCCUAACCUCGACCCAUUAGCAUAACCCAAGACCCUAUCCAUAAACCCUAAGCCCUGUUAUUACCACGCUUGUUUUCCCAAGACAACAUGUCGUUGCUUGCAGAGGGGCCACAAGCGAGGUGACGUUUUCACGGCCGAUGAGGAAUUUGUGGUCAUCAUUGUUGGGUAUUUGUCACGAUCUGCAGCCCUGGUUUCGGUCGCAUCGCGGCAAUCCGCCGGGGACUUCUACAGGUUGCAGCCUCUCAACAUGAGUGAGGUGUGACUCCCUGCCCACCGUGGGAGCACCCGAGCUCUUGCCGUAUGCAUGCAAAACGGGAGAUGGAUUUGAGUGACACUCAUGGGUGCAGGAUGGAGUUCCCUGGGAAAGCUAAUGGUAGCAUCGCACUGAUGUAUCUGUAGAAGAUCGUUUUCAAUUGGUGCCUACUGCCAGCUGCGUCGCAUGGAUUAGAAACAUUGCCACUGAUAAAGGAAAUGGAACAAAAGCUGAAAAAUGCAAA